AUUAAUUUUCACAAAGAAAUCCUACCUUCUCUGGAAUGAUGUUGAGGUCCUCAACUUGAGGAAUAGUUCGAACUAGGAUGGCAUAUUUGAAUUAAAUCGCAUUUAAUCCGGGAUUGUAGGGUUAAUUAGCCUUUGAAUGGGAUUUGAAUGUCUUCAGCAUUGCUUGUAGGAAGCAAUCGAGUAUGGAAGAGCUCCCAGAGAGCUGCUAGAGCCGGGGAGGAAGUCAACUCUCUGAUGAAAGAGCUUCACUGGAGGAAGGAAAUUGGAGAACUUAAUAAAAUUGGUCCCUCCACUGGAUUCGUAUCAGCAUGAAUUGAAAUGAGUCGAGUCUGUCGAAUAAAGUAUACAUCUGAUAAUUUGAAGUCUGAUUCGGAAAGUGAAACUAACGACAAAAAAAUGUCACCCGCACGUCGAUCCAAACGACCACGUGCAAUAAAGCAUUCAGAAAUACUAUCGGACGCUGAAUCGGAGGAGAAGUCGCCAUUCCAUCCAAAAUCAGUAAGAAUAAACGAGAAAAGCGGAAAGGAUGCCGAAUCAUCAAAAAUAAAACGCAAAUCAGUUAAAUUUGACGACGGAAAUAAAGAAGAUACAAGUGAAGAAAGCGAACAUGAAAAUACAGUGACAGGUCCAAAAAAGUUAACUCAGAGUGCAACUGUUGCUGUGAUUAAGCUGAAAAUUCCAGAAUUAAACGGUUCCUCCGAAGUAAAUAAGAGUGCGGGGAAGGAAACUCCAUCACGGUCACUCAGGGAAAGGAAAACUGUUAGCCCACAAAAUGAAAAUGGAAAUAUUUCUACAAGCGAGGAUGAGACGGAUGACGGAGUUAUUGUUAGAAGACAAGGAAAAACAAGAACCGUAAAGCAACGCGCUGGUUCAGAGGAAUUUCGAAAAAUUUCAGCUAACGGAAAGUCAGGACUUCGAGAAAGGAAGCCAUCACAAAACAACAGUGACAUUGAUUCCGAUAAUAUUGGUAAUAAACGCCGGAAGAGUGAUCGAAUCAAGACCCCAACUCAGCGAAAGUAUAUCGAAAUCGAUUCCGAUUCUGAUGAUGAAACUAAGAAAACUCCAAAGCGAGGCAAUGCUAAAAAAUCUGGAAAUAGACGAUCCCUUUCACCCGAUCUGAGUGACAGUGUAAAAUCGGAUAUCUAUCUGUCCGACUCGAGUCUUUCUGAUGAGGGCAAUCACACCAAGGGACGAAUGAAACAAGUGCAGAAUCGACGUAAAGUGGGAAGACCACAAAAGUAUGAAAAGUCCAUAACCUCGUCACGGUCCAAGGAUCCUUAUGUAACGUCAUUGGUAACUGGGAAAAAUGAGGAGUUGCAGAGAAUUUACCUAGCCAAACAAAUAGAGAUGUUGGACCAUGAUCUGUAUCUCAAAAAAUUGGAAAUGUUGCAAAAAGAGAAAGCUCUGAAAUUGCCAGCCUCAACCUUUACUAUUGCUCUGGUAAAUAAGCAGGGUGAAUAAAAAGUAUAAGAAGAGUAUUUAUUUAUUCAAAACAGAUACCUUUAGCAGUACUAGGUAUUUAUACUGCAUAUAGAAUAUAAAUUGUACAUAUCGGUAAAGUUAACAACACAAUUUUAUACUAAAGUUACUCAUAUUCAGUAAAUAAGCAUUUUUACUCUAUUCACAUAUUUAUUUAUUUUUAUUUUUUGGCUUUGAAAUGUUGUAAUAAAAUAGUCAAUAUCCAAUAAAUUAAAAUCCAUCCACCGGUAGAGAUAAACCCAGGAAAAACAGAGGGAUGUGUAAAACUCCACCCACGAGAGACUAUCGACCUCAUUGAUUCGCAAGCAAGGGUACAGGGUCUGUUGUUAAUAAAUUAUGAUUGAGUAUUAAAAUUAAUGACACGUAGAAUAAAACAGCAAGAAUUAACUUACAA